UGACGUGAAUGCAAUCAUGUUCUCAAAGUAGAUGUCCUCUCGGGGUGAAAUCAAGAUAUAUAGUCAUAACAUGCAGACAACCACUGCUCGAUACCAACAAAUGCCGGUAUGAGAGCUUGAAUCAGGCACCGAUGAAGGACUGACUACCGACGUUGGAAAUCUCGAAGACAUCUGCCAAAGAUCCACGCCUCGUAAAGCCAUGAAGCUUGUCCUUCAACGAUUUCUAGUGUGUCUUCAUUUUCAUAUAUGGCAAUAUUAUCAAUGUUUCGUGCGUAUAUCGAGGGUUCACUGAUGCUCCGCUGAGGCCGUUUUGCCUGACUACUUGGCUCCAUUAUUUGAGGUAACUCUGUAGGCAGGUGCUGAUGACUACAUUCAUUCGAAUGGUAUUGGGGCUGUUACAAGUGGUAACGAACUUGGGUUAUACGGUGUCACAGAGUCUGGCAGGGUUGUUCAAGAUAUCAAUCACUGAGACAACGAUGGAUUUGGCGAUAACUUCAAAACAACCUCACACUAUCUGGAAGCUGGGAACGUUCGACCAGCCACCUCGUUUCAAGAUGUCUUCACCUCAUCAAGCCUGAGAGCCGAAUUUCACCC